UGGCAAUACAAAGAAAUGAGAGGUCCACCACACUCACACUCCAUUCCCUUUCUAUUUCCUCUCCGCCCAUUCCGCCUCUAUGCUCUUCUACGAAAGCGAUUGCUCUACUCCAACCAUGCACCCACCCCCAACACACUUCUCCCUCUCUCUCUCUCUAUAUAUAUAAUCUCAAUAUCAAUUCCUCUACUUAUAUUAUCACAAGUCCUAAGUCCAUGGAUUUGAAUCCCCCUCUCUGUUGUCUAUGCGGCGACGUCGGUUUUCCAGCCAAGCUCUUCCGCUGCACCAAUUGCUCCAACCGAUUUCAGCACUCUUACUGUAGUAACUACUACUGCGGGGAAUCGGGUGAUGCAACAAUUCGAGUAUGUGAUUGGUGCCGAAGUGAACAAAGAACCUGCCGUCCUGCCUUUGCAAGUACAACAUCCCAAAAGAGUAACAAAAUUACAGAAAGAAGAAGCUCUGCGGUGGGACUGCCUUCCCCUCGCCCUGCUCCACGCCGAUACAAGCUUCUCAAAGAUGUCAUGUGUUAGAUAACUUUACAUUAAACCAACCAAAAAUACCCUUUUUCAUUUUUCAUUCUCUUACUUACUUUACACACACACACAUAUAUAUCUUAAUCUAAUCUUGUAUGUAUGUGUGUGUGGCUCGAUAAGAUUGAUGUGGCUCUCUGUAAUUUAUAAUCUGAACUUUUAAAUAACCUCGAUCUCAAAAGUCUUGUGUGUAUCUGGAAACUAUAUAUAUGAUUUUAUAUGUUAUUAA